AUGCGGUCAUUUUUCAAAAAGCCCACGUGGGCAGCCAAUACUGGGGAUACGGGAUCGGAAUUCUACCGGCGGUCAGAACAAACUUAUGGCGACAUCGUGGCAGCAAAUCGAGAGGCACACAAAAAGGCAAAGAUUACACCGGACAGACUCGAACAUAUCGAAGAACCCAUUAUUGGGGCAGAUGGAAGGCAUUUGAAGCGGCCUCGUCUUUCGAACGAGACAGAGAAUACGGAGGCAGAUGCUGCAGAUACAAGUCAACACGCCCAAGAAACCGAGACAGAAAAACAUCGCAAGCCUCCCACUUCAUCAGGAGACCGUCAAAUCCGGCAAGAAGAAGAAGAAGAAGAAGAAGAAGAAGAAGAAGAAGAAGAAGAAGAAGAAGCAGCUACUUCUGACCCCAAGAGUGAAAUAUUGAGCACGAAUUACAACCGCUCCCUCCAUGGUCGGCCUAAGGACGAUCUUCCCACUGUCCUCACGGAUAACUCCGUGUCCCCCAAACUCCUUUCUCGCCCGCCAUCCCAAAACGCGGAUCACGAAUGCGGUGAUCCAACCCACGAAGUCCUACCACGCCAUUCUAGUGCAGGACCAGCCCCUCGGCCCGCGCAACCCACAACCUUACCCAGGGAUGACCCGAUAGUUCAAAUUCUCAUAACCUCGCAAAUCCCAAAUACGAAACCUUUACUUGUUCAUCGAAAAAUGUCCCAAGGUCUGAGGGAUGUUCGACUCGAAUGGUGCAAGCGCCAAGGAAUUACUAAAGAAACACAGUCGUCCGUCUACCUCACCUGGCGAGGUCGACGCCUGUUUGAUGUCACAACCUGCAGAAGCCUAGGGAUCAAAUUGGAGAGUAAGCUGACACUCUCGGACUUGGAUGAUGAUCCUGUCACAGGUCCAAGAGAGUUGCGUAUUCAUAUGGAAGCCGUCACCGAUGACCCACUCCUCCUCAACUGGCCAGGCCUCUCACCUGAUGAGUCUAAAGCAUCCCCGGCUCCUCCGAACCCCGGAAAUGACCAGAACGAGCCAAUGAAGUUGAUUCUCAGGAGCCCCGGAUUGAAUGACUUCAAGAUAAAAGCGAGAUCGAAAACACUGGUAUCCAAGCUCAUUUCAGCAUUUCGCGACAGACAGAAUAUUCCUGCUGACCAAGACGUGUCACUACUAUUCGACGGAGACCGUAUGGAUCCUGAUACUUGUCUUCGUGACCAUGACGUCGCAGAUCUAGACCUUGUGGAUGUCCAGAUCAAACCCCGGGUCUAG